AUGUGUCUGGGGUCCCAGCCCAUCCGGGCCUCUCUGUCUCUCUGCUUCACAGAUAUUGGCCCAGUGACCCUCACGGCGGACCCAGAGGUGUUUCAGAGGGAGCUGAGAGAACUCUACGUGCAGGGUGGCGGUGACUGCCCAGAGAUGAGCGUGGGGGCCAUCAAAGCCGCAGUGGAGGUGGCCAACCCCGGCUCCUUCAUCUACGUCUUCUCGGACGCCCGCGCCAAGGACUACCACAGAAAGGAGGAACUCUUGUGGCUCCUGCAGCUCAAACAGUCACAGGUGGUCUUUGUGCUGACGGGGGACUGUGGAGACCGCACCCAUCCUGGGUACCUGGCCUACGAGGAGAUCGCAGCCACCAGCUCUGGGCAGGUGUUCCACCUGGACAAGCAGCAAGUGACCGAGGUGCUGAAGUGGGUGGAGUCAGCCAUCCAGGCCUCCAAGGUGCACCUGCUGUCCACGGACCAUGAGGAGGAGGGCGAGCACACGUGGAGACUGCCCUUUGACCCCAGCCUGAAGGAGGUCACCAUCUCGCUGAGCGGGCCAGGGCCCGAGAUCGAAGUCCGAGACCCGCUGGGGCGGAUCCUGCAGAAGGACGAGGGCCUCAACGUGCUCCUCAGCAUCCCUGAUUCGGCCAAGAUCGUGGCCUUCAAGCCUGAGCAUCCUGGGCUGUGGUCCAUCAAGGUCUAUAGCAGCGGCCGCCACUCGGUGAGGAUCACGGGCAUCAGCAACAUCGACUUCCAAGCCGGCUUCUCCACACAGCCCUUGCUGGACCUCAACCACACCCUUGAGUGGCCCUUGCAAGGGGUCCCCAUCGCCCUGGUGAUCAACUCCACGGGCCUGCAGGCCCCUGGCCGCCUCGACUCGGUGGAGCUUGCCCACAGCUCAGGGCGGCCCCUCCUGACCCUGCCCACCAGUCCGCUCUCCAACGGCUCCACCCAUCAGCUGUGGAGCGGGCCGGCCUUCCACGCCCCCCAGGAGCGCUUCUACCUCAAGGUGAAGGGCAAGGACCAUGAGGGAAACCCCCUCCUCCGUGUCUCAGGAGUGUCCUAUAGUGGUGUGGCUCCAGGAGCCCCCCUGGUCAGCAUGCCCCCCCGCAUCCAUGGCUACCGGCAUCAGCCCCUGCUGGUCUCCUGUUCUGUGCACAGCCCCCUCCCCUUCCGGCUGCAGCUGCGGAGAGACGGAGCCAGGCUGGGCGAGGAGCGACACCUACAGGAGUCAGGGAACAGCAGCUGGGAAAUCCCCCGGGCCUCGAAGGCCGAGGAAGGCACCUAUGAGUGCACAGCGGUCAGCAGGGCUGGGACAGGACGCGCCAAGACCCAGCUCGUCGUCACAGGUCUGGCCCUCCGCCCCCCCUUGUCCCUGGAGGUCAGCGGUGUCAUCCCCAGCGAUGGCGGGCGGUACCAGUGCAUGGCCAGCAACGCCAAUGGGGCCUCACGGGCAUCCGUCUGGCUCCUGGUGCGAGAGGCCCCGCAGGUCAGCAUCCAUACCAGGUCCCAGCGCUUCUCCCAGGGCGUGGAGGUGAAGGUCAGCUGCACGGCCUCGGGGUACCCCGCGCCCCACAUCUCCUGGAGCCGUGACGGCCACGUGCUGCAAGAGGACAGCAGAAUCCGCGUGGAUGCCCAGGGGACCCUAAUCAUUCAAGGGGUCGCCCCAGAGGAUGCUGGGAAUUACAGCUGCCAGGCUGUGAAUGAGGUUGGCACGGACCAGGAGACGGUCACCCUCUACUACACAGACCCACCCUCGGUCUCUGCCGUGAAUGCUGUGGUGCUGGUGGCUGCCGGGGAAGAAGCCGUGCUGGCCUGUGAGGUGUCUGGGGUCCCCCCGCCCCGGGUCAUCUGGUAUCGAGGAAGUCUUGAGAUGAUCCUGGCCCCUGAGGACUCUGGCUCUGGGAUGCUGCGGAUCCCGGCGGUGCAGGAGAGGGAUGCUGGUGUCUACACCUGCCGAGCUAUCAAUGAGUUGGGCGACGCCUCUGUGGAGAUCCAGCUGGCAGUGGGACAUGCGCCCCGGCUGACGGAGCCGCCUCGGGAUGUCACUGUGGAGCUGGGAAGGAGCGCCCUCCUGGCGUGUCGGGCCAUAGGCCGCCCGCCCCCGACGGUCACCUGGCGCCGUGGAGAUGGCCAGCCACUGGGGUCCAGUCGGGGGCCCGCUCGGGACCGUGGGACUCAGCAGCCGGAUUCAGGAGUGCUGUUCUUUGAAAGUGUGGCCCCUGAAGACCAGGCCCCCUAUGUCUGCGAAGCUCGAAACGUCUUUGGCAAAGUCCAGGCCGAGGCCCGGCUCAUCGUCACUGGACACGCCCCACCCCAGAUCGCCAGCAGCGCCUCCACCGUCCGGGUCCUGGAGGGACAGCCCGUGUCCCUGCCCUGUGUUGUCUUGGCCGGGCGGCCCCUUCCAGAGAGGCGCUGGCUUAAGGACGGCCUGUCUCUCCUGCCUGGCAGCCGACAUUCCAUCCGAGCCGAUGGCAGCCUCCACCUCGACCGGGCGCUGCAGGAGGAUGCAGGGAGGUACAGUUGUGUGGUCACUAACGCGGCCGGCUCUCAACAUCGUGACGUGAAGCUGGUUGUCCAGGUGCCACCUAGGAUCCAUCCCACGGCCACCCACCACGUCACCAAUGAAGGGGUUCCGGCCUCUCUCCCCUGUGUCGCCUCUGGAGUUCCCACCCCCACCAUCACCUGGACCAAGGAAAGCAGUGCCCUGACCUCCAGGGGUCUGCACCACAAUGUGAGCAGGGACGGCACCCUGGUCAUCAUCCAGCCGUCUGCCCGAGAUGCAGGGGCUUAUGUCUGCACAGCCACCAACACGGUGGGCUUCUCCAGCCAGGAGAUGCGGCUUUCAGUCAACACUACACCCAGGAUUCAGGCGAACGGGUCAUGUGAUACAGACGGGCCUCUGAGAGUCACGGUGAAGGCUGGCGAAGAGGUGACCUUGGACUGCGAGGCCCAAGGCUCCCCACCCCCUCUGGUUACCUGGACAAAGGACUCCCGCCCUGUGCUGCCCAUCACCGACAGGCAUGGCCUCCUCCCGUCUGGCUCCCUGCGUCUGGCCCAGGUCCGGGUGAGUGACAGCGGCCGCUACGAGUGCACGGCCAGCAACCCCGCGGGGUCCGACUCCCGUCGCUACGUCCUUGGGGUACAAGUCCCCCCUCAGGUGCAGCCGGGCCCUCGGGUCCUGAAGGCGCUGGCAGGAGAGGCCCUGGAUCUGAACUGUGUGGCCGAGGGCCACCCGGAGCCCCAGCUGAGCUGGUCCAAGGACGGGGUGGCCCUGCAGGGUGGGGGGCCCGAGGGCUCCAUCCACUUCUCGGCCAUCGGAACCACUGACGCCGGGAGGUACCGCUGUGAGGCUUCCAGCAGCGCCGGGGCGGACGCCUGGGAGAUGGAGCUCAGGGUACUGGAGCCGCCGCACUGGGGGGUCGACGAGACCGGUGGCCUGCUGGAGGGAGUGGCCGGAGAGAACGCUCGUCUGCCGUGCCCUGCCCGAGGGACGCCCAAGCCGCAGGUCACGUGGCGGAAGGGCCUGUCCGCGGAGCCCCUGCGUGGCCGUCCAGGCGUGGCGGUGCUGGAGGACGGGUCUCUGUUCCUGGCCUCCAUCUCGCCCACAGACAGCGGGGACUACGAGUGCCAGGCCACCAACGAGGCGGGCUCCGCCUCCAGAAGAGCCAAGCUGGUGGUCUCUGUGCCCCCCAGCCUCCGGGAGGAUGGGCACAAGGCCAACGUGUCGGGCAUGGUCGGGCAGUCCCUGACGCUGGAGUGUGACGCCAGUGGCUUUCCAGCCCCUGAGAUCGUGUGGCAGAAGGACGGGCGGCCGAUCCCCGAGGCAGGUGGCCACCGCCUCCUGGACGGGGCUCGCUCCCUCCACUUCCCCGGGGUCCAGGAGGGUGAUUCCGGCCUCUACUCCUGCCGGGCGGAGAACCAGGCUGGGACGGCCCAGAGGGACUUCGAGCUCCGCGUGCUCAUCCCUCCUUCUGUGCUCGGAGCCGGGCCUCCCCAGGAGGUGCUGGGCCUGGCCGGUGCAGGCGUGGAGCUGCGGUGCCAGACCUCGGGCGUGCCCAUGCCCCAGGUGGAGUGGACCAAGGACGGGCAGCCUGUCCUCCCGGGAGGCCCUCGCCUGCAGCUUCAGGAGGAUGGCCAGGUUCUCCGGAUCACCAGCAGUCACUUGGGGGAUGAGGGGCGGUACCAGUGCGUGGCCUUCAGCCCAGCCGGCCAGCAGGCCAAGGACUUCCAGCUCCGAGUGCACUCGCCCCCCACCAUAUGGGGCUCCAAUGAGACGGGCGAGGUGGCUGUCCUGCAGGGCCACUCGGUGCAGUUCCUGUGUGAGGCCCGAGGGGUGCCCACCCCGGACAUCACAUGGUUUAAGGAUGGGGCCCUGCUGCCCCCCAGCACUGAGGUGGUCUACACCAGGGGCGGCCGGCAGCUGCAGCUGGAGAGGGCCGAGGGCCCAGAUGCUGGCGUCUACACCUGCCAGGCCAGCAACGCUGCAGGGACCGCAGAGAAGGCCACGAGUCUGGAGGUUUACGUCCCCCCCACCAUCGAGGGCGCCAGUGAAGGACCCUACGUGGUGAAGGCCGUGGCUGGGCGGCCCGUGGAGCUGGAGUGUGUGGCCGGAGGCCGCCCAGCCCCCACCCUCUCCUGGCACCACGAGGGGCUGCCUGUGUCGGAGGGCAACGCGACGUGGCUGGAGCCGGGUGGCGGCGUGCUGCGGCUGCAGAGCCCGGGGGAGACGUCCGGGGGCCUGUACAGCUGCGUGGCCAGCAGCCCCGCCGGCGAGGCCGUGCUCCAGUACUCCGUGGAGGUGCAAGUGCCCCCUCAGCUCCUGGUGGCUGAAGGCUUGAGCCAGGUGACUACCAUCGUGGGACAAUCCCUGGACCUUCCCUGCCAGGCCUCGGGCUUCCCGGUGCCCACUAUCCAGUGGCUGCAGAAUGGCCGCCCAGCCGAGGAGCUGGCUGGGGUGCGGGUAGCCUCGCAGGGGACCACGCUGCACAUUGACCGUGUGGAGUUGGGCCACGCGGGCCUCUUCGCCUGCCAGGCCACCAACGAGGCGGGCACCGCCGGGGCAGAGGUGGAGCUGUCUGUGCACAGUGAGUGGCCCCUGGGGAGUGGGGCCAUUGAGAAGGUGGAUCUGAGGGACGAAGGUGUCUACACUUGUGCAGCCACCAGCCUGGCUGGGGAGAGCAGGAGGGAAGUGGCGCUGAAGGUUUUGGUGCCCCCCAACAUCGAGCCAGGCCCAGUCAACAAGGCAGUGCUGGAAAAUGCCUCCGUGAGCUUGGAGUGUUUGGCUUCGGGUGUGCCCCCUCCCGAUGUCUCCUGGUUCAAAGGCCGCCAGCCUGUCGCUGCCCGGACAGGAGUGACGGUGUCAGCUGAUGGGCGAGUUCUCCACAUUGAGCGGGCCCGACUUUCUGACGCUGGAAGCUACCGUUGUGUGGCCUCCAACGUGGCAGGCAGCACGGAGCUGCAGCACGGCCUGCGGGUCAAUGUGCCCCCUCGAAUCAUGCUGCCACCCAGCCUGCCAGGCCCUGUGCACGUCAACACCCCCGUCCAGCUGACCUGCAAUGCCACGGGUGCCCCCAGCCCCACACUGAUGUGGCUGAAGGAUGGAAACCCCGUGUCGGCGGUGGGGACCCCUGGCCUCCAGGUCUUCCCUGGGGGCCAGGUCCUCACCUUGGCCAGCGCCCGGGCCUCCGACUCGGGCCGGUACUCCUGCGUGGCGGUGAGUGUGGUGGGCGAGGACCGCCGGGACGUCGUCCUGCAGGUCCACAUGCCCCCAAGCAUCCUGGGAGAAGAGCUGAACGUGUCCGUCGUGGCCAACGAGUCCGUGACCCUGGAAUGCCGGAGCCACGCCGUGCCCCCUCCCGUGCUGAGCUGGCGGAAGAACGGGCGGGUCCUGGAGCCCCGACCCGGAGUCCGCCUCUCCCCGGAUAAGGCCUUGCUCGAGGUGUGCAGCCUCCCGGUGGCCUCCACCUUGGGCCACAGGCAGGUCGCCCCAGCGUUUCCCUCGGGGGAGCCCCGCAUGGUGACUGUGAACAAGGGGCACCCCGCCAGGCUGUCCUGCGAGUGCCACGGUGUCCCCUUCCCCAAGAUCUCCUGGUGGAAGGACGGUCAGCCCCUGCCGGGGGAAGGGGCCGGCCUCGAGCAGGUGUCGGCCGUGGGGAGGCUGCUGUACCUGGGACAGGCCCAGCCGGCCCAGGAGGGAACGUACACCUGUGAGUGCAGCAACGUGGCGGGGAACAGCAGCCAGGACCAGCAGCUGGAGGUGCACGUUCCUCCUCAGAUCUCUGGCCCCCAGGAGUCCCCCACAGAAGUUUCUGUGGUCCAGCAUGGGGGUGUCACCCUGGAGUGCAACGCCACUGGGAAGCCCCCGCCAACGGUGAUGUGGAGGCGGGAUGGCCAGCCUGUGGGGGCCCAGCCUGGACUGCGGCUGCAAAGCCAAGGACAGAGCCUGCAGGUGGAACAGGCAAGGCUUGCCCAUGCUGGACGCUACAGCUGUGUGGCUGAGAACGUGGCUGGGAGAGCAGAGAGGAGGUUUGCACUCUCCGUGCUGGUGCCCCCAGAACUCAUCGGAGACUCAGACCCACUGACCAAUGUUACUGCUGCCUUGCGCAGCCCCGUGACGCUGCUCUGUGAAGCCACCGGGGUCCCGCCCCCGGCCGUCCACUGGUUCCGAGGGGAGGAGCCUGUCAGGCCCAGGGAGGACACCUACCUGUUGGCGGGUGGCUGGAUGCUGAAGAUGACUCAGGCCCAGGAACGGGACAGCGGCCUCUACUCAUGCCUGGCCAGCAAUGAGGUCGGGGAGGUGCGAAGGAACUUCAGCGUGGAGGUCCUGGGUCCUCCCAGUAUUGAGAACGAGGACCAGGAGGAGCUGGUCAAGGUGCCCGAGGGACAGACUGCCCACCUGACGUGCAGCGCCACAGGCCACCCACAGCCCAAGGUCACAUGGUCCAAAGACGGCCGGCCCCUAGCUGGAGGAGACGCCCACCACAUCUCCCCAGACGGAGCCCUCCUGCAGGUCCUCCAGGCAAACCUGUCCAGUGCCGGCCACUACACCUGCAUUGCAGCCAAUGGCGUGGGCGAGAAGACCAAGCACUUCCAGCUCAGCGUCCUGUUGGCUCCCACCAUCCAGGGAGUGACUGAGGACAGUGCGGACGAGGAGGUGACUGUGACCAUCAACAACCCCAUCUCUCUGAUCUGCGAGGCGCUGGCCUUCCCGGCCCCCAAUAUCACCUGGAUGAAAGAUGGGGCCCCUUUCCUGGCCUCCCGGAAUAUCCAGCUGCUCCCAGGUACCCAUGGGCUGCAGAUCCUGAAUGCCCAGAAGGAGGACGCUGGCCAGUACACCUGCGUGGUCACCAAUGAGCUCGGCGAGGCCAUGAAAAACUACCAUGUGGAGGUCCUCAUCCCCCCUUCCAUCUCCAAAGACGACCCUUCAGGGGAGGCAGGCGUGAAGCAAGUGAAGACCAAGGUCAACAGUACUUUGACCCUGGAGUGUGAGUGCUGGGCUGUGCCCCCGCCCACCAUCCGCUGGUACAAGGACGGGCAGCCCGUGACCCCCAGCCCACGGCUCCAGGUCCUGGGGGAAGGACGGCUGCUUCAGAUCCAGCCCACGCAGGCCUCGGACUCGGGGCGCUACCUGUGCGUGGCCACCAACGUGGCUGGCGAGGACGACCAGGACUUCAACGUGCUUGUCCAAGUGCCCCCCAUCUUCCAGAAGGUGGGCGAUGCCAGCUCAGGCUUCGAGAUCCCAUCCCAGGAGGAGGAGGCCCGGGGCGGAGUGACGGAAUACAGAGAGAUUGUGGAAAACAACCCUGCCUACCUGUACUGUGACACCAACGCCAUCCCACCCCCUGAGCUCACCUGGUUCAGGGAGGAUCAGCCCCUCUCAGACGCAGAUGGAGUGUCUGUACUGCAAGGAGGCCGGGUCCUGCAGAUCCCCCUGGUCCGGGCGGAGGACGCCGGGAGGUACUCUUGCAAAGCCUCCAAUGAGGUGGGCGAGGACUGGCUGCACUAUGACCUGCUGGUGCUGACCCCACCUGUGAUCCUGGGCGACACGGAGGAGCUGGUGGAAGAGGUGACGGUCAACGCCAGCAGCACUGUCAGCCUGCAGUGCCCGGCCCUGGGCAACCCCGUGCCCACCAUCUCAUGGCUUCAGAAUGGGCUGCCUGUCUCCCCGAGCCCGCAGCUGCAGGUCCUGGAGGACGGGCAAGUCUUGCAGGUUUCCACAGCGGAGGUGGCCGAUGCCACCAGCUACAUGUGUGUGGCUGAGAAUCAGGCAGGCUCCGCCGAGAAGCUCUUCACUCUGAGGGUCCAAGUCCCGCCACGAAUCGCAGGCCCAAACGCAGAGCAGAUCACGGCCAUCCUCAACAGCAGUGUCUCCCUCCCCUGUGACGUCCAUGCUCACCCAAGCCCGGAGGUCACAUGGUACAAGGACAGCCGGGCCCUCUCCCUGGGCGAAGAGGUCUUCCUUCUACCUGGCACCCACACGCUGCAGCUGGCACGGGUACAGCUGUCGGACUCCGGGACGUACGCGUGUGAGGCCCUCAAUGCCGCCGGCCGAGACCAGAAGCUCAUACAGUUCCGCGUGCUGGUUCCCCCCACCUUCAGGCAGGCUCCCCGCAGACCCCAGGCUGCUGUCGUGGUGCGGGCUGGGGACAAGGCCAUUCUGAGCUGUGAGACAGAUGCAUUCCCCGAGCCGGCCGUGACCUGGCACAAGGACGGGCAGCCCCUGGUCCUGGGGCAGCGGACCCCGGCUCUGAAGGGUGGCCAGAGUCUGGAGAUCCAGGAAACCCAGGUGUCGGAUAAAGGUUUAUACAGCUGUAAAGUGAGCAACGAGGCGGGGGAGGCCAUGAAGACCUUCGUCCUCACCGUCCAGGUGCCCCCAACGUUUGAGAGCCCCAAGACGGAGACAGUGAGCCAGGUGGCCGGGAGCCCCCUGGUCCUGACCUGCGAUGUGUCCGGGGUCCCUGCACCCACGGUCACUUGGCUAAAGGACAGGAUGCCCGUGGCUGGCAGACACCUCUGGUGCCGACCACCCACGACCUCCCUGUGCCCCACCCCCACCCCUGAGGGCAACAGCCCCACCUUCUACCAGGACAGUGGCUCUCUGGUGCUGAAGGGUCUCCGGGCCUCAGACUCGGGCGCCUACACCUGCGUGGCCCACAACCCCGCCGGGGAGGACGCCAGGCUGCACACGCUGCACGUGCUGGUUCCUCCCACCAUCGAGGGGACAGAUGACUCAGGGACGCUGGUGAGCAGGCCUGGCGAGCUGGUGACCCUGGCGUGCCCCGUGCGGGGCUCCCCACCCGUGCACGUGAGCUGGCUCAAGGACGGGCUGCCCCUGCCGCUGUCCCAGCGCACCCACCUCCACGGCUCUGGACGCAGCCUCAGAAUUUCCCAGGUGCAGCUGGCAGAUGCUGGGGUCUUCACCUGUGUGGCUGCAAGCCCCGCUGGCGUGGCAGACAGGAACUUCACCCUGCAGGUGCACGUGCCGCCCAUCCUAGAGCCAGUGGAGUUCCAAAAUGACGUGGUGGCGGUCCGCAGCUCGUCGGUGGUCCUCCCGUGCGAGGCCCGGGGCAUCCCCCAGCCCCUUGUGUCCUGGAUGAAGAACGGGGAGCCCCUGUCGUCUCAGGGCCUCAAGCAAGGUCCCAGCCUGCAGCUGGAGACGGUGGGAGCUGGGGAUGCGGGAACCUACUCCUGCCUGGCCGUGAGCGAAGCGGGCGAGGCCAGGAGGCAUUUCCAGCUGACCGUCAUGGACCCCCCCCACAUCGAGGAUGGGGGCCAGCCUGCGGAGCUGUUGCUGACCCCUGGAACCGUCAUGGAGCUCCUCUGUGAUGCCCGGGGCACCCCCCAGCCCAACGUCACCUGGCAUAAGGACGGGCGGGCCCUGACCUGGCCAGAGGACAGCAGCAGAGCCGGGCGGGUGCUCCGGGUGGAGGGCAUUCAGGUGGGCGAUGCCGGGCUGUACACCUGCCUGGCCGAGAGCCCCGCGGGGGAAGUUGAGAAGAGCUUCCGGGUCAGGGUUCAAGCCCCUCCGAAUGUGGUUGGGCCCCGAGGCCCCCGCUCCGUGGUCGGCCUGGCCCCGGGGCAGCUGGUCCUGGAGUGCUCAGUGGAGGCGGAACCAGCGCCCGAGAUCGAGUGGCACCGAGACGGCGUCCUGCUGCAGGCGGACGCCCACACCCAGUUCCCCAAGCAGGGCAGGUUCCUCCAGCUGCAGGCCCUGAGCACGGCGGACAGCGGCGACUACAGCUGCACGGCCCGCAACGCCGCAGGCAGCACCAGCGUGGCCUUCCGCGUGGACAUCCACACGGUGCCCACCAUCCGACCAGGACCGGCCGUGGUGAACGCCUCGAUCAACCAGACGGCCCUGCUGCCCUGCCAGGCCGAUGGCGCACCCCCACCCUUUGUGAGCUGGCGGAAGGACGGAGCCCCCCUGGAUCCCGGGAGCCCCAGGUUGGAAGUGCUGCCCGAGGGUUCCCUGAGGAUCCAGCCAGUCCUGGCCCAGGACGCCGGCCACUACCUCUGCCUGGCAUCCAACUCCGCCGGCUCUGAUCGGCAGGGCCGUGACCUCCAGGUCUUUGAGCCUCCAGCCAUCGCCCCGGGCCCCUCCAACCUGACCCUGACCGCCCACACCACGGCCUCGCUGUCCUGCGAGGCCAGCGGCUCCCCCAAGCCCCUGGCAGUCUGGUGGAAGGACGGACAGAAGCUGGACUUCCGCCUGCAGCAGGGCGCCUACCGGCUCCUGCCUUCCAAUGCCCUGCUGCUCACGGCCCCCGGCCCCCAGGACUCCGCCCAGUUUGAGUGUGUGGCGAGCAACGAGGUGGGUGAGGCCCGCAAGCUCUAUCAGGUGACUGUUCUAGUGCCCCCCACCAUCGCCGACGACCAGACCGACUUCACGGCGACCAGGAUGGCGCCCGUGGUGCUCACGUGCCACAGCACAGGCGUGCCAGCCCCGGCCGUGUCCUGGAGCAAGGCGGGUGCCCAGCUGGGGCUGCGGGGGAGCGGCUACCGAGUCUCACCUUCCGGCGCCCUGGAGAUCGGGCACGCCCUGCCCAUCCACACCGGCCGCUACACCUGCACGGCCCGCAACUCCGCCGGCGUGGCCCACAAGCAUGUGUUCCUCACCGUGCAAGCCUCCCCCGUGGUGAAGCCUCUGCCCAGCGUGGUUUGGGCGGUGGUGGAGGAGGAGGUGUUGCUGCCCUGCGAGGCCUCAGGCAUCCCCCGGCCGGCCAUCACCUGGCAGAAGGAAGGGCUCAGCAUCCCUGCAGGCACCGGUGCCCGGGUUCUACCCAGCGGGGAGCUGCACAUCGCCCACACCCGCCCUGAGGAUGCCGGAAACUAUUUCUGCAUCGCCCAGAACAGCGCGGGCAGCGCCAUGGGGAAAACGCGGCUGGUGGUGCAAGUCCCACCUGUGAUCGAGGCCAGCCUCCCUGACCUGGCCGCCACUGAAGGCUCCCACGCCCUCCUGCCCUGCACGGCCAGGGGCAGUCCCGACCCGGACAUCACCUGGGACAAGGACGGCCAGCCCGUGUCUGGGGCCGAGGGGAAGUUCAACGUCCAGCCUUCGGGGGACCUGCUGGUGAAGAACGUGGAGGGCCGGGAUGCCGGCACCUAUGCUUGCAUGGCGGAGAAUGCCCUGGGCCGGGCCCGCCGCCGCGUGCAUCUCACCGUCCUGGCGCUGCCUGUGUUCACCGCCCUACCUGGGGACCGCAGCCUGCGCCUCGGGGACCGGCUGUGGCUUCGCUGUGCAGCCCGGGGCAGCCCCACCCCUCGCCUUGGCUGGACCAUCAACGACCGGCCAGUCACAGAAGGCGUGUCCGCACAGGAUGGGGGCAGCACACUGCAGCGGGCGGCGGUCACCAGAGAGGACAGUGGGACCUACGUCUGCUGGGCCGAGAACAGAGUGGGCCGCGUGCAGACGGUCAGCUUCGUCCAUGUGAAGGAGGCUCCUGUCCUGCAGGGGGAGGCUUUCUCCUACCUGGUGGAACCCGUGGGGGCCAGCAUCCAGCUAGACUGUGUGGCCCGUGGAGACCCAGUGCCUGACAUCCGCUGGAUCAAAGAUGGCCUUCCACUGCGGGGCAGCCAUCUCCGGCACCAGUUGCAGAAUGGCUCGCUGACCAUCCGCAGGACUGAGAGAGACGACGCGGGACAGUACCAAUGCCUGGCAGAGAACGAGAUGGGCACGGCGGAGAAGGUGGUGGUCCUGGUACUUCAGAGUGCCCCCGUGUUCCAGGUGGAGCCCCAGGACACGACAGUGAGAUCCGGGGAUGACGUGGCCCUGCGGUGCCAGGCCACGGGGGAGCCGGCACCCACCGUUGAGUGGCUGCGGGCAGGCCGACCCUUGCGGGCCAGCCGGCGGCUCCGGACCCUACCCGAUGGGAGCCUGUGGCUGGAGCACGUGGAAGCAGGCGACGCGGGCGCAUACGAGUGUGUGGCUCACAACCUCCUGGGCUCUGCCAUGGCCCGGGCGCUCCUGGCAGUGAGAGGGGAGCCCCGGGGGAGCCGGGGCAGCAUGGUCGGGGUGAUCAACGGCCAGGAAUUUGGCGUGGCCUCGCUCAACACCAGUGUGCAGCUGGAGGCUCGAUCCGGGGUCAGCACCUUCCAGAGCAGCAUCAGCCAUGUCCCAGCAAGUGUGGGGCCUCUGCUGCGGGUGCUGGUGGUCACCAUCGCCCCCAUCUACUGGGCCCUGGCUGGAGAGCGCGGAGAGGCCCUGAACGGCCACUCCCUAACGGGUGGCAGCUUCCGGCAGGAGUCCCACGUGGAGUUUGCUACCGGGGAGCUGCUGGAGAUGACCCAAGUGGCGCGGGGCCUGGGCCCUGACGGCCUCCUGCUCCUCGACGUGGUGGUCAACGGCAUCGUCCCCGAGAGCCUGGCGGAGGCGGACCUCCAUGUGCAGNNCUUCCAGGAGCGCUAUGUGCAGACAGGGCCCGGCCAGCUAUUCGUGGGCUCCACGCAGCGCUUCCUCCAGGGCGGCAUCCCCGGGUCCCUACGCUGCAACCACAGCAUCCGGUACGACGCGGCACGGGGUCCCCAGCCCCAGCUGGUGCAGCACCUGCGAGCCUCGGCUAUCAGCACGGCCUUCGACCCCGAGGCCGAGGCCCUGCGCUUCCAGCUCACCACAGCCCUGCAAGCCGAGGAGAAUGAAGUCGGCUGCCCUGAGGGCUUUGAGCUGGACUCCCAGGGAGCAUUUUGUGUGGACAGGGACGAGUGCUUGGGCGGCCCCAGUCCCUGCUCCCACUCCUGCCUCAAUGCGCCAGGCCGCUUCUCCUGCUCCUGCCCCGCCAGCUUCACCCUGGCCUGGGAUGACAGGAACUGCCGAGACGUGGAUGAGUGUGCAUGGGAUGCCCACCUGUGCCCCGAGGGACAGCGCUGCGUGAACCUACUGGGGUCCUACCGCUGCCUCCCUGACUGCGGGCCCGGCUUCCAGGAGGCUGCUGAUGGGGCUGGCUGUGAAGAUGUGGACGAAUGCCUGGAGGGGUUGGAUGAUUGCCACUACAACCAGCUCUGCCAGAACACCCGGGGAGCUCACCGCUGUGGCUGCCCCAGGGGCUACCGGAUGCAAGGCCCCGGCCUGCCUUGCCUAGAUGUCAAUGAAUGUCUGCGGCAGCCCCCGGCCUGCGCCUACCAGUGCCACAACCUCCAGGGCGGCUUCCGCUGCCUGUGUCCCCCAGGCCAGACCCUCCUGCGCGAUGGCAAGGCCUGCGGCCCCCUGGAACGCAGUGGACAGAACGUGACCACAGUCAGCCUCCGAGGCCCCUUCGCGCCCUGGCUGCGGCCGCGGGCCCCCAUUCCCGGCAGCUCCUACCACGCCUGGGUGUCCCUCCGGCCAGGCCCUGGAACCCUGGGCAGUGCGGGCCGGGCCUGGUGUCCCCCUGGCUUCAUCAGGCAGAACAGCGUCUGUGUGGACCUCGAUGAGUGCCAGGUGAGGAGUCUGUGCCAGCACGCCUGCCGAAACACGGAGGGCAGCUACCGGUGCCUGUGCCCCGCCGGCUACCGCCUCCUCCCCAGCGGGAAGAACUGCCAGGACAUCAAUGAGUGUGAGGAGGAAGACAUCGAGUGUGGGCCUGGCCAGAUGUGCUUCAACACUCGUGGCAGCUACCAGUGUGUGGACACGCCGUGCCCUGCCACGUACCGGCAGGGCUCCAGCCCCGGGUAA